GCUCUGUAAGUCAAUGUUGUAGACGAAAUAUCGUAGUGUGAAAUAACCUAUAUCAACCCUGCUAUUGUACAUUUGUUUAUUUAUAUAUUGUAAAACGUGUUAUACAAUACAUAUCACAAAUAAUAAUUGGACGAAAUAUUUAGGAGUACUAAGAAGAAAAAUCAAAUAGAGAAAUGCCACAGAACGAGUAUAUCGAGAGGCAUCGUAAACUCUACGGUCGCCGCUUGGAUUAUGAGGAAAGAAAGAGGAAGAGGGAGGCUCGCGCGCCUCACAAACGGGCCGAGCAAGCUCGUAGCUUGCGCGGUAUCAAGGCCAAAAUAUUCAAUAAGGAGCGACGCAACGAGAAAAUUCAGAUGAAGAGAAAGAUCAAGGCCCAUGAAGAGAGGAAGAUUAAGGAGAAAUCUGACAAGCUGCCAGAAGGAGCGUUACCUGUGUAUCUGUUGGAUCGCGACGUGACCCAACGCGCGAAAGUAUUGUCCAACAUGAUCAAACAGAAACGCAAGGAAAAAGUCGGCAAAUGGGAUGUUCCAAUACCCAAAGUCAGAGCGCAGUCGGAGUCGGAAGUUUUCAAAGUAAUCAGAACCGGCAAGUCAAAGCGGAAAUCCUGGAAGAGAAUGGUGACCAAAGUGACUUUCGUUGGAGAAAACUUCACGAGGAAACCGCCCAAAUUCGAGAGAUUCAUCAGACCAAUGGCGUUGAGAUUCAAAACUGCGCACGUCACUCAUCCCGAGUUGAAAGCGACAUUCUCUCUACCGAUCAUCGGUGUCAAGAAAAAUCCCAGUUCUCCUAUGUACACAAGCUUGGGCGUCAUCACAAAGGGAACUGUCAUCGAAGUAAAUAUUUCGGAGUUGGGUCUCGUCACGCAAUCGGGCAAAGUCGUGUGGGGCAAAUACGCGCAAGUUACAAAUAAUCCCGAGAAUGAUGGAUGUAUCAACGCAGUUUUGCUUGUAUAAACCAUUACGAAUAUACAAUUGUUAGUUAAAUAAAUGUCUAAGUUAUUGAUGUAUCGAUAGUUUCAUAAAUAAAAAUAUUUUGAAAAAAAAGAAGUAUCUCCUUUAUGUGGAAUUACCAGCGCCCAUAUUUACAUCAAAGUAUAAGUAUAUAAUGUGCGUAUAUAGGACACAAGUGUUUUGUUUAGGCGUCUGAGACACGGCGUGUCGUUUUCUUUAGCUCUAGCUUCAAAUCGGAUUUCAAGAUUUCAGUUUGAUAAACUACAUGACAUAAAC